AUGGCGACGCAAGAUAUCGAUGCUGCUGUUAAGAUGCUCAAGAACACAGUUGACAUCAUUAAGGCUAACCCACAGCUCCUCCACACUCCGCAAAUGAAAUUCUUCAAGGAGUUCAUAGGUCGAGCAAUCACUGCCUACUUGUUUCUUGCUAGAGCUAUGGCGGACAUGUUCCAGAUCCUGCUGAGCAGAAGCAACAGGAUAGUGCACCGAAGUCAAGUGGAACGGCUCGAGGAGGAUCCAAGGUGUCUGAACGCUGCGAGUGCUGUGAACAUGACGUUUUUCUUUCAGCUCGAUGACAUCGAUGAUGAACCAAUGCCACAAGCUUCUUCGUCGACUGCUGGUCCCACUGUUGAAGAGGUCAGCGACGAGGAGGAGGAGAAGGAAGAAUUCGACCCCGAGGUCGUUCCGCAUGAUGAAGCAGAUCUUCCGGAGAAACAGGACGCUCAAUCGGCUGGUGAUUUUGACAAGGCGGCAGAUCACUGGACGGAGGCCGUGAUUGCGACUCCGAGCGCGAUGGUGUAUGCGAACAGAGGCCUCUGCUACUUGAGCAUGAGGAAGCCGUUGGCUGCUCUGCGUGAUGCGGAUAAGGCGCUGGAGGUCAAUCCGGACUCAGCCAAGGCCCUGAAACUCAAGGGAAAGGCAUACGCCAUGCUUGGCAAGUGGGCUGAAGCUGCGCAUGAGCUGGGACAGGGACAGAGCAUCGACUACGACGAGGAAACGUACGCAAUCGAGAAGAAGGUGAAGGAAAAGCAUGACAAGCAAAUUGUCAUUGAGAAUCACAACAAAGAAAGGCGGCUCAAGAAGGAGAAGGAGAGGCAAGAAAAACUUCGACAGCAAAGAGAAGCUGGCGCUGGUUUCCCUGGUGGAAUGGGCGGCAUGCCGGGCAUGGGCGGUAUGCCGGGCAUGGGCGGCAUGCCGGGCAUGGGCGGCAUGGGCGGUAUGCCGGGCAUGGGCGGCAUGGGCGGUAUGCCCGGCAUGCCAGCUGGCAUGGACUUUUCGAAGAUCCUCGGGGACCCAGAGAUCAUGGCUGCCAUGCAGAACCCAAGGAUGAUGUCGAUCAUCAUGGAGAUGCAGCAGAAUCCGAUGGCCAUGGGCAAGUAUGCCAACGACCCCGAGGUAAUGGAGCUCAUGGGUAAGAUCCAACGGGCCAUGAUGUAA